AUGGAAGAGACUCAAUCAUUUCGCCUGACUGGAACGACAGAGAUCGUGAGAAUUCCCAUCCAGCAUGUUGAUGGACAGAAUGUCGUUUACUGGAAGAGCAUCGAACAAGUUUUUCCUGGAGUCAAAUAUGUCAAGAACGGCGACGUUGCAAUUCCUUGCCACAUCAAGUACUUCCCGGGUGUAGUUCUGGAUAUUCUCUUGUCCAGCGCCACCGAGCACGUUCAUGUCGAGUCUGCAGUGGAAGCGACAAGUGUGGUUCCGACCAUUGCUCACAACUCUGCUCUAACCAUUGGUCGAACCGACGCUGCCGCUGGUCCUAGGACUGAAUCGUCAAGCGAGGACAAAUUUAUCGAGGGUCAGCAAGUCACCUCUGCAUUGGCACAAACACCCAUCGGCGACAUCGGUACCCGCAGUCCAUCAACUAGCCCUUCAGUUUUACCGCCGAGUUUACCCUCCGAGGUCAAGACGUCUUCCAAGCCCGCGCUGUCAUUCAUGCAAGUUGUGAAACUCGCAUCGAAGAAGGCAAACGAGUCUGAUGGUUGGAUUCAACAGAAAGAGCUCAGCGCCAAGAUGGACCAUAUGAUCAAGUCGCAGGAAGAGAUGAAGCAGCUGCAAAAGGCGUUUGACGCCAAACAAGAGGAGAUGAACCAAUUGCAAAAGGCGUCUGACGCCAAGCAAGAAAAGAUGAAGCAGCUGCAGAAACAGAUGCUUGAGCACCAAGAAGAGAUGAAGCAGCUGCAAAAGGCGUCUGACGCCAAACAGGAAGAGAUGAAGCAGUUGGCCCGUGAUCACCAUGAAGAGAUGAAGCAAUUGCAGGAGAAAACUCUUGAGCAGUUAGCUGUGCUUCAGUCUCGUGUCCAAUCCGUCCUGACUCAAACCUAUGAACUGCAUGAGUACCCUAUCCCUCGUCUCUUUGUUGUCCUUCCGCAGGACCCCUCAGGAUGGAAUACCAUGAGUCCCUUCUCGAACAAGUUCCGACUUUACUUUUUGUGCGAGUGCAGUGAACACACAAAGUCGAUCAACAACAAGACCAAGAUCCCUCAUCACAUACAUUUUGCCAAGCAUGAGGGUUACGAGAUUGCUCGACCUUCAGAGUUCUUUCAGCAGUACGGCUCCUAUGUCCUCACGAUCCUCAAGAUGCUCAAGUAUGGAGUCACGGUUGCAGGCAUUGUUAUGCCUGCAUUUUCUCAGUUGAUCAGCCCAGACGUCCUCGGCCAGUCUAUCGUUUGUUUAAAGCUGCUGCAAGAUACCAUCGUACCUGGGGUGGAUCAAGUCAUAAACUUGAUGGACAGCGAAGAUGCCCUAGAAGGGGUUACCGGGCAGGUGGUUAACAAAGAGGCUUUGGAAGGCGCCGAUCUGCGCAGGCUGGAGACAUUUCUGAAGGACAAGGAUGGAGACAAGGUGCUGGGAAAUCUGUACAGGACUGUAACGGACGAGGGACACGUCAAAUGGGUGUGCAUGGACCAUUACCGCGAGAACUACAACAAGACUGCAGCUGAAGCAUUCCGACGUACAGUUGAUGCAGUAGGAGGGUCAUUUGACGAGAACAAUGGUCUAGUGAAAAUGGAACUUCAGUCAAGAGUGUUGGCAGACCAAUUCUCCUUGGCAUUGGGAAGAGCGAGAUCUGUUUACGAGCUUGAUGUGGACUUCAACUGGGCUUGCACUACAAGCGAUCUUGAAGUAUUGGAGAGGGCACUCAAGACAUCAAGAGUAUCGAUCCUUCGACUUGCUAUUCGACAGUUUCGAACAAGCAACCUGUCAUCGAAAUCUACGCAAUACGGGGUAUUGAUGCGCAUCAAAGGACUUCCUAAUAUGAGAAUGAUUCAUGUCAUCCUCUCCAACGACGUCGUCAAGUUUCUCAGCAUUCAACCAAAGACACCGUCUCGCCUUUGCAAGUUAUCCCUUGAGGUGACACCUGAAUCAGUUAGAGGAAAAGAUUUCGCAGCACUAGCAGAGGUUCUCAAGACCAACUCGACUCUGACCACCUUGAACUUGAAGAGCAACAAGAUCGGAGUCAACGGAGCUCAGGCGCUGUCUGAGGCACUUAAGACCAACUCGAUUCUGACCACUUUGGACUUGCAGAGCAACUCGAUCGGAGACAACGGAGCUCAGGCGCUGUCUGAGGCACUCAAGACCAACUCGAUUCUGACCACUUUGGACUUGCAGAGGAACUCGAUCGGAGAUAACGGAGCUCAGGCGCUGUCUGAGGCACUUAAGACCAACUCGACUCUGACCACUUUGGACUUGAGUUACAACUCGAUCGGAGACAACGGAGCUCAGGCACUGUCUGAGGUACUCAAGACCAACACGACUCUGACCACUUUGAACUUGCAGAGGAACUCGAUCGGAGACAACGGAGCUCAGGCACUGUCUGAGGCACUUAAGACCAACUCGACUCUGACCACUUUGGACUUGCAGAACAACAAUAUCAGGUUUCCAGGGACUGUGGCAUUGGCUUUGGCUUGCAAUAAGAACUCAACUUUAACUACUAUGAGCUUGCAGGACAACUUUAUCAGUUCUAGCCUUUACCAGGCGCUGGCUAAAGCACUCAAGACCAACUCCAGUCUGACCACUUUGGACGUGAGGAGCUACUCGAUCGGAGACAACGGAGCUCAGGCACUGUCUGAGGCACUCAAGACCAACUCGACUCUGACCACUAUGGACUUGCAGAGCAACUCGAUCGGAGACAACGGAGCUCAGGCACUGUCUGAGGCACUCAAGACCAACACGACUCUGACCACUAUGGACUUGAGUUACAACUCGAUCGGAGACAACGGAGCUCAGGCACUGUCUGAGGCACUCAAGACCAACACGACUCUGACCACUUUGGACUUGAGUUACAACUCGAUCGGAUCCAACGGAGCUCAGGCACUGUCUGAGGCACUCAAGACCAACACGACUCUGACCACUAUGGACUUGAGUUACAACUCGAUCGGAGACAACGGAGCUCAGGCGCUGUCGGAGGCACUUAAGACCAACACGACUCUGACCACUAUGGACUUGAGUUACAACUCGAUCAGAGACAACGGAGCUCAGGCGCUGUCGGAGGCACUCAAGACCAACACGACUCUGACCACUAUGGACUUGAGUUACAACUCGAUCAGAGACAACGGAGCUCAGGCACUGUCGGAGGCACUUAAGACCAACUCGACUCUGACCACUUUGAACUUGUACAACAACAAGAUCGGAUCCAACGGAGCUCAGGCGCUGUCUAAGGUACUCACGACCAACACGACUCUGACCACUUUGGAUUUGUACGGCAAAUCGAUUGGAGACAAUAGAGCACAGGUGCUGUUUGAGACACUCAAGACCGAUACGACAAUGACCACUUUGGACUUGUACAACAACUCGGUCGGAGACAACGGAGCUCAGGCACUGUCUGAGGCACUUAAGACCAACUCGACUCUGACCACUUUGAACUUGCAGAGUAACUCGAUCGGAGACAACGGAGCUCAGGCACUGUCUGAGGCACUCAAGACCAACACGACUCUGACCACUUUGAACUUGCAGAGUAACUCGAUCGGAGACAACGGAGCUCAGGCACUGUCUGAGGCACUUAAGACCAACACGACUCUGACCACCUUGAACUUGAAGAGCAACAAGAUCGGAGUCAACGGAGCUCAGGCGCUGUCUGAGGCACUUAAGACCAACUCGAUUCUGACCACUUUGGACUUGCAGAGCAACUCGAUCGGAGACAACGGAGCUCAGGCGCUGUCUGAGGCACUCACGACCAACUCGAUUCUGACCACUUUGGACUUGCAGAGGAACUCGAUCGGAGAUAACGGAGCUCAGGCGCUGUCUGAGGCACUUAAGACCAACUCGACUCUGACCACUUUGGACUUGAGUUACAACUCGAUCGGAGACAACGGAGCUCAGGCGCUGUCUGAGGUACUCAAGACCAACACGACUCUGACCACUUUGAACUUGCAGAGGAACUCGAUCGGAGACAACGGAGCUCAGGCACUGUCUGAGGCACUUAAGACCAACUCGAUUCUGACCACUUUGGACUUGCAGAACAACAACAUCGGGUUUCCAGGGACUGUGGCAUUGGCUUUGGCUUGCAAUAAGAACUCAACUUUAACUACUAUGAGCUUGCAGGACAACUUUAUCAGUUCUAGCCUUUACCAGGCGCUGGCUAAAGCACUCAAGACCAACUCCAGUCUGACCACUUUGGACGUGAGGAGCUACUCGAUCGGAGACAACGGAGCUCAGGCACUGUCUGAGGCACUCAAGACCAACUCGACUCUGACCACUAUGGACUUGCAGAGCAACUCGAUCGGAGACAACGGAGCUCAGGCACUGUCUGAGGCACUCAAGACCAACACGACUCUGACCACCUUGAACUUGAGUUACAACUCGAUCGGAUCCAACGGAGCUCAGGCACUGUCUGAGGCACUCAAGACCAACACGACUCUGACCACCUUGAACUUGAAGAGCAACAAGAUCGGAGUCAACGGAGCUCAGGCGCUGUCUGAGGCACUCAAGACCAACUCGACUCUGACCACUUUGAACUUGAAGAGGAACUCGAUCGGAUCCAACGGAGCUCAGGCGCUGUCUGAGGCACUCAAGACCAACUCGACUCUGACCAUUUUGAGUAGUGAAUAG